AUGUCGAUAAGGAACAAAAAUGAGCGCGAAGAACAAACCAAAGCUGGGAAUCCGAGUGGAAAUUCGGCGAAGAAGAGGUUGAGAUACGAGAGGGACGACGUUGAGGAAAAGAUUUUCGUGGAACACACCUUCGAGCAGCUAGCUCGUACAACUUCGGAGCCGAUGAACGAGCCCAGGCCUUGGAGGGAGCCCCUGCAGAGUCCCAACCCGAAAGUCUGCAGUGACUACAUACGGAGCCUCAAUCCGCGUGAUGAUAUCAGACAUUUGGCCGACUUCACAAAAGUCGAUUACAAAUGGCCUAUCGCUGCAGACAAGCGGCUGCAGACAUUCAUGCAUAAUCGGGAGUUAUAUAUCAGUUCCAACUACGGCGAUGACCCUCCAGCUGAAGUUACCCGACUUCUGACCAAAGGAACGGAGAUUGAAGAUCUCGAGGAUGGUCUGGGGUACGACAGGUUCCAGGAACGGGUUCGAGAUCGGGUAGAAUAUCUCACCCUUGAGUUGGCAAAAUCGCCCUUGUUCAUAGUGGAGAUUCGUCGCCAUGGUCCUCCUCAAAUUACGAAACAAUUUAAGACCAUGUGGCAGAAUAAGAAAGUACACUGGCAUACCGAUUUCGGGGACACACCGGUCAUAUCGGAGGCAGAGCCGAAGCUGAAGAUGCGCAAGCGUCAGAAGACGAGAGCUAAAAAGCCUGCGAAGAGUCCUACUAGGUUUCCAAAUCUAGAUAAACAGAUGGAGGAACAAUUCGGGAGCUCGGAGAAGGUUCAAAUGGCCCUCAUGGCUGAGAGCGCUCUGAGGAUUUCCACUCGACAACCCAGGGACAGAACCUGUGCUCAGGAAACUUCGAUGAUGCCUGGUGUUGUUUUACAAGACUUACAGUUGCAUGAACCUGAUACUCUCGCUCUAACUCAUUCUCUAGACUUCGAGCUGGCAAGCAAAACGAGGGGCAAGAGUGUUACGCCCGAGCAGAGCAUUGUUGUCGAUUGUGUGGGAAGAGCUCAGGAGGAAAGCUCCAAUAAAUCUCUAGUCCGAUCCAAGGACGUUGCCGCUUCUUCGCCGAUGGCCGAAUCUCAGCGGCGUCAUGGUAGCAUUUCACAAACGUCUUCUGCCGCUGUGAUGUCUCUUCCAGUCACUACUCCUCGCACUUCAACAGAUGACGAAGUCAAGCCAGGGUCAAGGACAGAGUCUGUUACGGAGAUGCUGGAUGAAGAGGAAGACGAUUACACUUAUUCGCAUACUGGCACGACGAUCGAAGUUUGCUUUCACAAGACCGAGACACAGCCUAUGAUGCUCUACAAUGUGCCCACAGCUGAACAGGCUCCCGAACCCGUCGUCGCGACUGAUCUAUAUCACAAAGUAGCAGACCCGCAAGGACUUUCCCCCAAUAUAUCAGUCUCGCCUUCCGUAGCACUUGGUCACGAUCCACUUUUGCAACCGUACAAUUCGUCGCCGAGCGUGCAGCGAAAACUUCAGCUCACUUGUGAUACCACCCCACCGGUGUCUCUAAAUAAAGGCUUUUCUACCGCCGAUUCAUCAAAGUUGCCCACAGAGACGACACGGCCCAAAUCACUGCUGAGGAAUCUCCUUCGACGGCCGUCGAUUCUCAAUUCCUCCAGCUCAUCGAAAGCUCACGGCGAGUUUCUUUCCCACUUUGGCAAUCCGAUUUCGAAUACCAAGACCACCACCCCUUCCAAGCUGGAAGCAGAUCCAUCACAAGGCUCUGCUUCGAGAAAAGUGACUACUGAGGAGAGAGCCGAUGUACAGGAGAAUAUGGCAAAAUAUGUGCCGGCAACUCCACGAUCAGUUCCUCUGCCUCUUUCAGAUGAGCCUAUACUCCCGGCACCAAAUCGAUCGAGCACUGUAGAGAUUCCCGAAAGAACUGGAUCAACGUCGCCGACUGCACGAUCUUCGCUGCCAGGACUACUAUUGGCGAGUCCAAAUUGCCCAAUUAAGUCGACGCAGCGAUCAAAGCCCACUCCGAGCGCUGUUCUAAUAUCUCGACAGCAGUCUGAAUCAGCGCUGCUGGGUGUUGCUCAAAACGAAAGAAGCACAACAGAUUCGAAUGCCGUGUCCAUGGACCCAUUGAAGACUUCUGCCCUGAUCGACGACACAACGAUAGCCCUUGAAGCAGACGCUUCUCAGAAUAUCACGCCCCCUCCAAUUACAUCCGUGACUCGACCUAAGGAUGCUAUUUUGCCUUUGCAUGCCAGAGAACCGUGCCUCACAAAUUCAGUACUGGCUCCAUCCUUCUUACUGGGGCUAGCUGCCGGAUCCGCAGGCUCAUAUACUCCUGCUGCGGCCAAAAUGCUAGAGCGUCGAUCUGAUUCGGAGAAUCCCGUAGUCCAGCCGUUCUUCAAAAGUAUUGAUGUACAAGCUGCGAUUAGUGCUUCGAAGCUUUCUCCCCCUGUCUCGGGACCGAACACUAACAGACUCUGUAUAUCAAAAUUGAAGUCAAGGAAUCCGUCAUGUGAACAUGAAUCGACCCAGCAACGCUCUGACGAUGCUCUUUCUGACGAAAUCUCUCCUCAAAAUGCUCCGCGCUCAGGACUUCUAUUCUCCAAUCUUCAGGUAAAUUCAAAUUCAAUACUCGGCCAAGAACGAGCACAGCAAUGUCAGCCCAACAAUCAAGAUUUAGGGGAGAUAAUUCCAGGUCUCGCUUUUCAUCGGAUUCAGACACUCGUACCUCCUACUAUCGCAGUCGAUUCGCCCAGACCAGCUUCUCCCAAGCGUCCAAAAGCUCGCCUCGGAUCGUAUGCGCAUAUUCCUUUACCUAAUCCUUUCUGUACCGCCCCCUCAAAAGAUGAAUUCGCCGGCAUUCAAACCCUCCAGUGGUUCCAGACUAAAAGACCAGCGUUUCUCAGCAACGAAAGGUCUAUUGUUAAGUCCAACACGGGCACUUCUCAAACAAAGACUCUUGAGCUUCUCAUCGAGUCAGCAGACGGCGAAUUGGACCUUGAGAAUAGCUACUCCUUCAACGUGGUCAAGAACAACACUCUCGAGGGCUUCUUUUCCUUCUACGCUUCCGUAUCCAAGGCGCCGGCGGAAAAUCUGCAUGAGCUGGUAUUUACACCCACUUGGGGGAACAACCAGCGUUUAAAGGUCACGAGGUCGAAAGGCGACGUUGCGUGGAAACGCUUAAAGUCGGUCGUUUCUGCGCUUUAUAGACGGGCUCAGAUCGAUGAUCCUCACGAGAUGGAAUUUCAGAUCAUGGUACAGAGGGAAUAA